ACGGGCGCACUCUGCAGACGCGCCAGAGGACCGAGGCUGUAGAAAGAGAGCAGAAGAAAGGCAGAGCACUGGUGAAAAUCCACAGCGCAGCUCUACAUUCCUGUGUGAUUGAAUUUCCCUCUGCUCACUGGUCAGGCCUUUCUUUUCUUUUUUAAUGGGUCUCCUCGUGUGUGUGUGUGUGUGUGUGUGUGUGUGUGUGUGUGUGUGUGUGUGUGUGUGUGUGUGCGCGUGCGUGCAGCGACAUGGUCACAGGUUCCACCGAGUGGUGACACCGUCCUGUUAAUUGCAUCCCCGUCUCCAUGGUGACAGAAGGUGGGAGAACAGGGCACAACAACACAACAAAAGAGACAUUAUUCAACUCACAGCUAUUUGUUGGCCACAGGCGACAUUUCAACAAGAAAUCCUUUUAAUUUAUCGCCCGGGUUCAUGCAAACUCCUUCUAAAGUCUGUCAAAUCAUUGGGUGGAUUUAAAAAGACAAGUACUUUGAAGGUGGGAGAUAUGAUCUAAUGACAGAUUCACUAUGAAAGUAGUUUGAGCGUGGAACACAUCCGGGUAGAAACUAUGACACAUGCAGUUGGAGCUGGUGUUGGGUCAGCUGGCGCCGCCGCUGAGUGAAACAUCUCGUGUGUAAAUGUCUGCGUGUUAAAAGUAAGUUCUGGUGGCGUCCUUGAGCCGCAUCCCGGCUAAAACAAAAGGCCACGAGUUCUACAUCCUGUAGAAACUCAGACCCGCCCGUGAGUGCAUUGACUCAUUUGCAUCCCUCCAGUUGCUCAUUUUGCAGAGAAUCUCUCACGAAACAAGACGUUUUACAUUUUUGCAAAAUAUUUCACCAUUUUACUAUAAUGACAUCAUUUCACUCAUGGAAAAAUAAAGAAGAGGAAAUCAAGAAAUAAUUCCAUAUGUUGAUGUAUUCCUUCAUCCCACGUCGCUGCAUUCAGGAAAAGUCUUUUUGAAAGUCCACUUUCUGCAGUUGUGUGUUGUGUUCGCGUGUGCGUGUGCGCGGAAGCUUCCUCGGCUCUUCAUCAUUGUUAUGCAAGAGUCGUCCCAGUGAGGAGUUCUCUGAUAAGUUAUCGUUCAGGAACAUUGUGUUUUGGGGGUUUUCUUGGGCAGAGGCCAGGAAGUGAAGCAUCCAUCACUCUGAAGGAGCCACACUGGGUUCAGGGUGCUGAGUGCGUCUGACCAAUCUGCAUUCUGACCUCACACAACGAGCGCCAUGGGAGGUGUAGCAUCCGCGCUGUGGUAUCAGGGUAUCUUCAGCAUUCUUCUCUCAAUGGUUAGUCUUCCUCCUCCAACAGGAUGUAUUCUCAGAAGAAGAAAAAAAACACGGAGCUGAAAUAUAAAAACACAAUAAAUGAGACAAACAAAACAUACAUGCAAGCACAUACAACUAAAAUGUGAUGAAUCCAGACCCCAAAAAACGAAAUAAGAGCGAAACAUAAACAUUUCGUAGAUUUAGUGAAACUCUUGACGCGUCUCUGCCUCCCCCCAGUGGCCACGUACUGACCCUGCAGGAACACGGUGUUCAGGGUAGAAAGUAAAUGUAAAUAUAAUAGUAAGACAGAUUUCCAAAAUUCAAAAGAUUAUUUUUUGAAUGCUCAUAUUAGGACACAAUACAAUACAAGCAAUGUGUUUUAAUAUAUGAGAGAAAAGUAGCUCAUAGGUGUUAAUUAAAUGUAGUUAGUUAAGUAUGUUAACAGCGCAUCACGCUGGCAUUACUUGCCCCACUAAACAUUAUAGUAAUAUCUCCCUCGGCCGGUUAUUGUCGUUCUCUAAUGAAUAAGCAGACUUUGAUCUCCUUUUCUGAGGUCACAAGGAUCUGAAAAAGAAAGGCAAGAAGAGGAAGUUGAGAUGAAUUGAUUUGCCUCGAUGUGUUAUGAUGGCAAAUAGCGCAAAACCACAUGCGUUUUUUUCCUUUCCAACCUUUCUGAGAAAAUCUAAGUAAGCUAAUAUGUUUUACCAUUAAACCACUAAUACCAUUACCAUUAAAAUGGGAAAACUUGCUCUUUGAGGAUAUUUAGAUUUAACAGGACGUUCAUUUAUCGGCUGUGUUUAUUUAUGUUAAAUCUAUUAAUUUGCUAUAUGUUCUUUCCUAAAUAUUAGGUUGUUGUUGCAUUCAUGACGUUUGUCAUGGAACACACACACACACACACACACACACACACACACGUACAGCACGAUAAAAGUGAAGGUCUACGAGCGAAGUGGACAGAAAGAACAGGACGGGGGAGGACGUGAAGACAAGGGCCGUGGCGAUGAAGAACCCCGGUGCUCUGAUGACCUGCGCCUUGCUUUUCUCGUCUCUGGCCGCGGCGGCUCGUCGAGGCAGCUUCGGCCCAGACGAGUGCUGCUUCGCCGCCUCCUCCACGCGGUUGCGUGAGAACAACGUGCUGAGCUACAAGUUCACUGAUGGCCGCUGUUCAAGGGAAGGCGUCUUCUUCACGGUGAAGAAUGGAGAAAUCUGCGCCGACCCGUCUGACCAGUGGGUCCAGUUCCUCAUCAAGGCCAAAGAGGGGCUGCAGACUGACUAACCACAAGUAGAUCUUUGACACCACAAAAAGGAACAUCUGUUCAAAGUCGGUUUUAAUGUGGUCACAAGUGACGUGUUGAAAUACUAAAUGCAUCAUUGAA